AUGCACUUAAUGGGACCACCGUCACAUGCAGGGGUCAAAUGGCCCUGCAAAACUGGAAUAGGAGUGCUUUAUCUGCUACUCUCGCUGCUGCUGCUGCUGCUGCUGCUAUCAACCUGUCUAGGCCAAGACACUGACGACUGGCAAUAUGAGGAAUGUAAACUCUCUCGGUCGGGCCCUCCUGCUACCAUUGUCGCCAUAGAUGAGGAGAGUCCCAACGGAACGUUGUUGGUGGAGAACAUGCAGAUUAACGGCGUGGCUGAAGGUCCGGACCGAACCAUCUCUUUGUCUCUAAGGGACAACCACAACUACUGGGUGAUUCUGGACCCGUCCAAACAAGCCCUUUACCUUAACAGCACCGGACGGGUACUCGACAGAGAUCCCCCAUCGUACAUCCAGUCCAUCGUGGUUCAGGUGCAGUGUACCAACGAACUGGUGGGCACGGUAAUACUGCACGAGGUGCGCAUCGUCGUGCGGGAUCGCAACGACAAUAGGCCGCGGUUUCAGCAGCCAAGAUACUACGUUGCUGUGAGCGAGUUGACUCCAGUGGGCACAACCAUCUUUUCCGGCUUUUGGGGCAACAACGGGGCGACGGACAUCGACGACGGCCCCAACGGACAGAUAGAAUACACCAUCCAGUACAACCCCAAAGACCCGACGGCCAACAAAACCUUCGACAUCCCGUUGACGUUGUUUGGCGCCGUGGUGCUACGAGAACGUCUCAACUACGAGGAGAUAACGCGCUACCUGGUCGUUAUCCAGGCCAAUGAUCGAGCACCCAACCCUAGCGAGCGUCGGACCGCCACCACCACGCUAACCGUGGACGUUCUGGACGGCGACGACUUGGGGCCCAUGUUCCUGCCGUGCACCUUGGUUGGAAACACCCGCGACUGCAGUCCUAUCACAUACAAGUCCAACGUUCUCGAGCUGACCGACCCGACUAAGGUGAACCCCCUCAAUGUGACUCCGCCCAUUCAAGCAGUGGAUCAAGACAGGAACAUCCAGCCUCCGUCGGAUAGACCUGGAAUUCUUUACUCCAUACUAAUUGGCAAACCGGAGUCGUACGCAGAAUAUUUCAGCUUGAACAGAACCACUGCUGAGCUCCUGCUGCUGAAGCCCAUCGACAGAGAACUGCAUCGGAAAUUCGACCUGGUUGUUAAGGCGGAGCAGGACAAUGGCCACCCACUGCCGGCUUUCGCCAGCCUCCACAUUGAGGUCCUGGAUGAGAACAACCAGGCGCCGUACUUCCUGGAAAGCAGUUACCACGGUUACGUAAUGGAGGGCUCGCCGGUGGGCACCACCCUGGCCACCGACGCCGGCCUGUCGGACCCCUUAGCCAUCGUAGCUCUGGAUAAUGAUGUAGAAGAGAGCCGAGAUCCUCAGCUGGAACUGUCAUUGGACAGCUACUCCAACGUGUUUGCUGUGACAACCGGCGGAAUCACAAGAUAUCUGACUUUGGUGCAGCCGCUGGAUCGAGAGGAACAGGAUAUGUAUACCUUCACGCUACAAGCGUCUGACGGUGUCCAGCAAAGCGCCCCAGUGGACGUGACGAUUACAGUGUUGGACGCCAACGACAACACUCCGACAUUUGCCAACGUGUCCUAUAACGUCCAAUUGUAUACUGAUAUGACGCCUGGAGAAAGUGUGUUGCAGUUGUCAGCAGUGGAUGAAGACGAGGGGCUGAAUGGCCAGGUCGCCUAUCGGAUCUUGGCGGGGGAUCAAGGACACUUUCAGAUUGGAAAUAGCACCGGCAUCAUUAGCGUGGCCCCGGGCGUUGGGCUCUCCAUGGGUCGGAACUACGCCUUGACAGUGGAAGCCGUGGACAACGGAGCGGAACCUCACAGGAGGUCGUCCAUUACCACGGUCUAUAUCGAAGUUUUGCCGCCCAACAACCAGAGUCCUCCGCGCUUCUCCCGCCAGCGCUUCAACCUGGAGAUAAGCGAGGCCAUGAGGACGGGGGCAACAUUGCUCAGCCUACAGGCAGUGGAUCGGGAGAAAGACCCUAUCAUCUACAGAAUCAACAGAGGGGACCACUAUGGACAGUUUUUACUGGAGCGCAAUUCUGGCAAUUUGGUUCUGGAGAAGCCUUUGGACAGGGAGUCUGUGGACUUCUAUACGCUGGUCGUCACGGCUUCAGACGAACGGCCUGAUGGGACCUCCACGGCGACGGUGAACAUCGUGGUGACAGAUGUUAAUGACAACGACCCGCUGUUCGAUCCUUCGUUGCCUGUCAACCUCACCGUCACCGAAAAGCAGGAUCACGCAUUUGUGGGACAGAUCAAGGCCACCGAUCCAGACCUGGGGCCGAGUGGUCAGGUUCACUACAGAUUGGUCAACCAUCAAAAGCUGUUCUCCAUCAACUCCACGGGAGCCAUCAGAACCUUGGUGCCGCUUGACAGAGAGGUGAAGGGUCACUACUUCCUUAUUGUGGAGGCUUGGGACGGCGCCGUAGACCCGCGCCGGUCCAGACUGACGUUGUCGAUUACUGUUCUGGACGUGGAUGACAACAGUCCCGUUUUCAGUCAACAAACAUACAAUGUGGACCUGCCAGAGAACAGCCCCGAAGGCACCGUCAUACUCUCGCUUCACGCCAUUGACGCCGAUCUGGGCUCAAACCUCACUUAUCGCAUCAGAAAUGACAGCUCCAGCAAAAAAAUUCGCCAGCUUUUUCGCGUCGACCCAAUCACGGGAGAGUUAUCCGUGCGGAAAGUUCUGGACUUUGAGGCCUUGACCGCUUCCAAUUCCUCAUACACAUUCACCGUGGAAGCUCUGGACACUGAGGGGACCAUGCCACCAGGCCUGGCUUCUGUUACCGUCACCAUCACGGACGUGAAUGACUUUGCUCCAGUCUUCAGCCAGCCAAUGUACCGUGGCAUGGUUGCCCCCAACGCUAUCAAGGGGACUAUCGUAACCACGGUGACGGCCAACGACUCUGACCCCGCGGGAACGCCAGCUGGUCAGGUGCGCUACAAAGUGGACCAAGAGCCUUAUUCCUAUUCUGCUAGUAUAUUUGACGUGGAGGAAUACUCAGGAAAUGUCGUCACAAGAGUCAACCUCAAUGAGGAGCCCAACCUCAAAUUCAGUCUGGUUGUGGUGGCCUACGAUGACGGCGAACCCGUGAAAGAGAACCAAACGCUCGUGGAGAUCACCGUCCUACAGCCCUCCAUCAUCCCCAUCUUUACUCAGGAGGAAUACAGGUUUCCGCCCGUGAGCGAGGAAGCUUCGGUCGGAACCCCGGUGGGAGUCAUCCUGGCGGCUGCUGUCAAUCAAACCAUCGUGUACUCCAUCGUCGAGGGCAACCAGGGAGGCAUGUUUGUAUUAGACAACAAAACAGGGAUAAUAUCCACCGCCAAGGCUCUGGACUACGAGGCCAACUCCAGCUACGUUCUCAAGGUGGAAGCCGACUCCAUGAGGGUGGUUUCGUCAAACCUUCGUGUUCCCUCAAAGAGUAACACGGCCGUGGUGGUGAUUGACAUCCGGGACGAGAACGACCACCCGCCCGUCUUCACCACCGCUCUUUACAUCGGAGGCGUAGCAGAGGAUGCCAAAACCUUCACCUCGGUUCUGCAAGUGCAGGCUCUGGACAAAGACACGGGCAACUACAGCUCUAUGACUUACCGCCUCAUCAACGCCCCCUUGGCCGGGAAAGAUGCCAAAGAGAAGAAAGACGGCUUUGUCAUGGAGCCGCUCAGCGGCGUGCUUAAAACGGCCAUCAUGUACCGCAAUAUGCGCCGAUCCUAUUUCAGGUUUGAGGUGGUCGCCACCGACGACUACGGCCAAGGACACAGUAGCAAAGCCGAGAUAGUGGUAUCAGUGGUGAACCAGCUCGACAUGCAAGUCGUCGUCUCAAACGUCCCUCCGACGUACGUGGACAAAAACAAAGACGACCUGCUCAGGAUUUUGGAGCGUUACGUUCAAGAGCAGAUUCCGGGUGCAAAGGUGUUCGUGGAAACGAUAGGUCCCCACCGUCACGGUGACGGACUGGAACAAGAGGACUACGCCAAAUCGGAUCUAAUGAUUUACGCUAUCGACCCGCUGACAAAUAGAGCCGUGUCCAGACAGGAGCUCUACAAGUUUCUGGACGGGAAACUUUUGGACAUCAACAAGGAGUUUCAGCCUUUCAUGCCACCCGGCGGGCGCAUUUUGGAAAUCCGGACGCCAGAGGUGGUGACGGGAGUGAAAAAGGCUGUGCAGACUGUGGGCUACACGGAGGGGGCGCUGUUGGCCCUGGCGGUCAUCAUCAUCAUCUGCUGCGUGCCCGCCAUACUCGUCGUGAUCAUCACCUACAGGCAAUUCAAAGAACGACAGGAAGAGUGUGCCAAGACUGCCCGCAUCCAGAUGGCGCUCCCGAGCGGCAAACCUGGUGGGGUCACCGCCAACAAUCUGUACGAAGAACUGGGCGACAACGCCAUGCGCAGAUUCGGACAACACGAGACACAACAACUCCUUCGACCUUCUCUCCUUAGACCUGAGGAGUUAUCCAUGGAGUCUGGUAUUGACCCGGGUCAGGACUACUAUACGCAGGAAUACUACACAUAUGAUCACGGAUAUGACCUUCCCCAGUACGGCAGUCGGCGGAAGCUGAUCUCGCCCUCGGGCCUUUACGAUGAAUACGGAGAGGUUGUUGUCGACGACGAUGGCAGUUACUACUAUAGCCCGCAGGAGUCCGACGGUGAGCAUGGCUGUCGAACACGUCGGAUCAAGCUAGUGGUGGACCGCGAGUAUGAGACAAGCUCCACCGGUGAUGACAGUGCGCCAGAAUCCCAACGCGGCCGCGCCACCUCGACCUUCACCAACCACAGCAACGUCAACGGCGGCCUCUACGUAGCCCAGAACGGCUCGGUGGUCCGCACUCGGCGCUCCGUCACGCCCACCAACAACAAACCCCCGUCGCCGGCUUUCAGCUCAAGGCUGGCCAAGCAUUUUAAAAAACUGGACAAAAUGGCGGCCACUCUGGAGGAGAAAUUGCCCCUGAACAGCCCCAAAACUGUGGCGGAGAGAGGCGUCAAAACCCUUCGCACCUUCAAGACCUCCGGUAGCCCUUCUUUCACUACGACCGACAUUCAUAAAACCGUCAACGUGUUCGACACUCGACAAUCCAGCCUUUCGUCAGAAUCGACCAGCAACGCUGGCCCGGAACGAGCCUCCAACGCCGAAGUGGAGACGGGACAGAACGGGAACGACGAGAACAGAGAUGAGGGCGAGAUAGAGUCCAGAGUUGACGGCAGCAACAGCGAGGCGGACGAAGGCCUCGUCAUGAGGGAGCUUCCCAGGUGUCCCAGCGAGAGGACCCAAUCGGACGAGGAGGAGCUAUGGAUGGGGCCCUGGAACAAUCUUCACAUUCCCAUGACCAAGUUAUGA